AGAAGAACGACGGAUAUGUCCGAAUACAAGUGCGCCUCAGGAGGACCCCCCAUGUAUGUCCCGCAUAAACCUGUCACUGCAGUCAUCGGUGCCUCGUUUAGCGUCGUUUCCAUCAUGGUUGCCAACAUCCUUAGGCUGUUCAAGGUACCGCAGAUCAGCUAUGCCUCGACCAGUACCGAGCUAUCUGACAAAUCCCGCUUCGAGUACUUCAGCAGAGUAGUACCUCCGGACAGUUUCCAAGCUCAAGCCAUGGUUAGCAUCAUCAAAGAGCUUGGUUGGAAGUACGUAUCCACCGUCGCGGUGGAAGGCGAGUACGGAGAAAAGGGUAUAGCAUCUUUCAUUUCAUACUCGACUGCUGCUGGUAUAUGCAUUGCGACCACUGAGAAGAUCCAGAGGAACUCGCGGCUUGAUGACUUCGACCGCAUCAUCGAGAAGCUCAUCCAGAAGCCACAGGCCCGGGCCGUCAUCCUGUUUGUUGACGAGGAUAACACCAGGAAAUUGUUGCAAGCGACAAUCCGUGCAAACAAAACGUCCCACUUUUUGUGGAUCGGAAGCGACUCCUGGGGUGCAAAAGUCCAUCCUGUCAGGGAUCAGGAGUUCGCCGCCGAAGGUGCGAUAACCAUUCUUCCACACCGCAACGCAAUCAAAGGUUUUGAUCGCUACUAUUCAUCGCUACGUCCCAAGAUGGAUAAGGAGAAGGAGAUGUGCAACUCGAGCAACGGCCGGAACAUACCGCUACCAUCAGGAAAGACUAUCAAUUGCCGGAACGUCUGGUUCAAGGAGUUCUGGAGUCAGCACAACAAAUGCUCCUUCGAGGAUGAGAACAAUGGUAACGAGGACGACGUUAAACCUUGCACUGGUGUCGAAAUGAUGGAGGACUACGAUCAGGAAGGACUAGUACCUUUCGUUGUUGACGCCGUCUACGCAGCAGCCCAUGCUAUCCACGACAUCGUUGCAGACAGGUGCGACGAACCCUUCCACCUGUGCGAAGAGUUACGGCCAACACCUGCUGGAUCACAGGUCCUCAAGUACAUCAGGAACGUCACGUUUACAGGAAAACAAAAAACUGAGGUGAAGUUCAACUCUGAUGGAGAUGCCUAUGGAAGCUACAACAUCUACCAGUAUCAAAAGCACGAGGACGGAAAAUACGAUUACAAACAGAUUGGCUCUUGGAAGGAGGUUCUCGAUUUGAAGUUGGAGCACCUGGAAUGGCGAGACAGGAAGGACAUCCCAACUUCGAUUUGCAGCCACACGUGCCCAUCAGGACACAUCCGCAAUUAUCAAGAUCAAUGCUGCUGGAUUUGCGUAGCCUGUCGAGAAGACGCGUUCGUAUUUAACGACACAUGUAGAACCUGCCCCCCAGGUUACGCUCCGAACUUAAAUAAAACCGGGUGCAUCAAGCUAGAAGCUUUGGUGAUCGAUUGGAUGAACGCCUGGGCUCUGGCUCCUCUGAUAUUCAGUGGUAUUGGAAUAUCUCUCACACUCUUUACGACAUGCGUUUUCAUACGGUACAACCGGACACCUGUGAUCAUGGCUUCAGGCAGAGAAUUAUGCUACGUGCUCUUAUUCGGCAUAUGCAGUUGCUACUCCAUGUCCUUCGUGAUCCUAGCAGAACCUACUGUGGAAACUUGCGCUAUUAUGCGUAUAGGAUUAGGCCUAUGCUUGAGCAUAUGCUACAGUGCUAUCUUCACAAAAACCAAUCGCAUCUCCAGAAUAUUCAAUCGAGGCGUCAAAAGCAUCAAACGUCCCGUCUACACCUCGCCCAUCUCGCAAGUCGCAAUAUCUUUAGGUAUCGUCUCCAUUCAACUGGUCGGUUCUAUAAUUUGGCUGGUAAUCGAUCGUCCGGACAUCAGAGAAAUUUAUCCGUAUCCGCUAACAGCCGUGUUGACAUGUCGCGUUUCCACCUAUUCACUAAUACUCUCUCUUGGAUACAAUAUGAUCCUCAUCCUUUUAUGCACUUGGUAUGCCUUCAAAACCAGGAAGAUCCCAGAGAACUUCAACGAGGCCAAGUACAUUGGCUUCACCAUGUACUCUACAUGCAUCGUAUGGCUUGCUUUUCUCCCAAUCUAUUUUGGAACCAACAACGAUUACAAGAUCCAAAUUGUCAGCGUGUGCAUGUGCUUGAACAUCAGCGCUUCCGUCGUCCUCGGCUGCCUGUUCGUACCGAAAGUCUACCUGGUUCUAUUCCAACCCUACAAGAACGUCCGUCAAACCGGGAACGGCAAUCAGGGUGGCGCCGCGGAUAGACCAGCAUACAGUAUGAGGUUUACCGGGCCGCGGUCACAGACAGUCCACUCUGUAACCAGUAACUCGCGGUCAUCUCCAAGGUUGGGACCUAAAACCCCCAUCAACGGCGAACCAAGUCCAGCUCUGCCCAGCCCUAGCAUCGAGGAGAGUUCCCUAACUUAAGUUCGCCCUUUAGCUUAAUUCGAACGGAACCUAACUUAGCAUAGCAGGACCACAUCUAUAUGUAAGUUAGCUUUAAGCACUUUCCACAAUAGAAGUUGUUUAUGGUAAACUCACCAUAAACAACUUACUCUUUCAGAAUUACUUAUUAUAUAAUGACACCGCUAUGGUUCAUCCAUCUGGUGACUAAGUUGGGUAACGCGAUAGUUGAUCUUCGGUUUUGGUAUGGGAAGCUCAAUGGUACAAAGCAUUUAGAUACGUUUAAAAGAUUUGUACCAUAGCUGGAGACGUCCGUGCCAUCGGAUUUCCAUGGCUGUGGACAGCGGAUGAGUCACAUCUCCACACCCAUAACCAUCAGAUACUUUUACCUAAGCAGUAUUACUUGUUAAACAGUAUUGAAGUAUAUAUAGUCUAUUGAAAUAAGAUAUUAUAUAAAAUAGUUUAUUCUCAAAACAAAUAACUUUCAACUAUCUAUAUCAAAUCAGUAUAAAUUCAAAAAACCACAGCUUUAAUUUACAAUAAAUUUGGA